AUGGCUGUUGCGGAUAUAGACGAGGUCUUGGAUCUAAUUGGAUUUGGUCGGAUGCAAGUGCUGAUGUUCUUAGCCUGCACCUUUGCCAGCAUAUUCAUUGUUAACGAAGUCAUAGGCAUCAAUGUGGUCACUGUAGACGUAGCCUGUGAGUUUUCAUUGACCACUAUGGAACUUUCAGUGCUGUCCAGUGCAGGCUUUGCCGGCUUAAUUUUGGGAUCGCAUUAUUCGGGCUACAAGACGGAUCAGAUUGGACGGCGCAAGGUGAUGAUGUAUUCCUUAUGCAUGGCAGUAUCAUCGUCGAUGAUUUCAAUAUUUAUGCCUACCUAUUAUUUAUUCACGCUGUUGAGAUUCAUGACCGGUUUGUUCAUCUCCGGUGCCAGCAUCAAUAACAUUACGUAUAUGUCGGAGUAUACCAAAGUCAAAUUUCGCGCUUCGGCCAUCAACUUUAUGUGCUACGCCUUCGCAGUCAGUGCCAUUUAUGUGCCACUUGUAGCUUAUAUGUUGACGCCAAUGAAUCGUGUAUUGUUUACCAUGUACAAGUUGGAUUGGCAAGUUUGGCGUCUUAUUGUGUUUAUUAAUAUGACUCCUGGAAUUGUAUCCAUUAUCCUCUUGGCGACUCUACCGGAAUCGGCCAAAUUUUUAAUAUACAUCGGGCAGGAUGAACGGGCCUAUGAGAUCGUCAAUCGCCUCUACAAAUUAAAGCGAAAGCAGGACUUGACCAGCGUCGGCAUCACAGGCGUUUAUGAUCCCGACUCUCCCCCAUUUGACGAAGAUCAUACCAAUUGUUGCGUCAAAAUCUGGAGGGGCACGGCGCCACUGUUCCGGCUGCCUCUUGUGGGCAAUUUCAUGAUCUGCACCUUCAUUCUCUGUGGCUACUUAUUCGUGGGCAGUGCAAUUUCGUUGUGGUUCAUGGAGCUGCGUCAGUUGAUGGGCACCAAGCAGAUGACCGUCUGUGAUAUGUUGCAGGAAAAAUCAUCGAAUAUUAUGAAGGCCGAACGGGUUUGUCCAUCAAAGACAUCCAACUUCAUCGACUCUGCUGUUUUGGGUGGCACUUUUCUUGGGUGUAGCAUUGCGGUCAGCAUAUGUUUGAUAUUUAUGCGACAUUUUCAAAUUCUAUUCUUGUAUACGGUUCUCGCAACUAUAUGCGGUCUAUGCCUCAAUUUUCUGGUGGAUACGGUGCCCAUUUUGGUGGCCACGGCGCUGUUCACUACGCUCUGCACCAGCUGCAUUCCGUUGAUUUCAUCCGUUAUACUUGAUCUAAUGCCGACGCACAUCAGGGGCAUGGCUAUCAGCAUGAGCUUUUUAUUUGCGCGCGUCUCGGUCAUUUUGGCGAAUGUUCUAAUGGGCUUUUGCAUGGUUCCCUAUUGCUUGCUAACAUUUAAUUUGUUUGUGUUGGUUACAUUGGUGGUGUCGAUAUUAACAUGUGCGCUGCGCAAAUCGUAG